AUGACGGCAGCGGCUUUAAGAUCCACGCUCUUCGCUUCAAAUCAUUUAAAUACCACACCAACACACUCCUCAUCAUUGUUGCCAACUUUAGAAACACAACAACAACAACAGCAAACACCACCACCACCACCGAUAGCCAUCAAGGAAGUAGAACUAGAACAAGAACCAAAACAAGAACAAGAGCAAGAACAAGUUCAGGAACAAGUUCAAGAACAACGUCAACUCAACACUCCACCUAGAUCACCCUCUACCACGCUUGAUUUAGCAUCUAUUUACAAAAGACUCAAUAUACGUAUCCACCAUUCUCCAUUAAUGCCACAGCCAUCUAAGAUCAAGCACGGCAGUCCAUUUUCAUGGGACGAUAUUGUGUACAUUUCGAAUACAAACCAGUUGGAGUUAUUUGCACGUUCCGAAGAGCAGACUAACGAUUACCACAAGUUCAAGCAGUAUUUGAAGGACAACAAUAUCACAAUUAAUGACUAUAUAUUGAAACACGAAUUGCAUUGGAAACAAUCAGAUUUGCGAUUGCAGCAGCAUGUCAUCACUGGAAAAAGUGAAUAUAGCACAGAGUAUCCACAAGAUCUAAUAUUUCACAAUGUUGACGACUUGAAGAUUUUACCCAACAAGUACCCAUAUUACUUUGAUAAGAAUAUAGCACAUCUUUGCGUUUGGUCGAAGCUCACCAUUCCCAAUGAUGUGAAUUCUACAGUUGGGGACAUAUCGCCAUUGACCAGAAGGAUAGUUGACAAAUAUUUGGAAAAGACGUUGGGCUCAAGAGGGGUUACGAAAGACCAGUUUGUAUGGUUCAGAAACUGGAGCAGUUUGCAAAGUGUGAGGAGUAUAAGUCAUAUACAUGUGAUUUUGCGAGAUGUGGACCCUAAGGUUAUAGACGAAGUUAUGCAAUGUGGUGGAACCCCCUUGAGUAUAGAGGAGUAUAGGGAGAUUUUGAACGAGUGA